AAGUUGGUAGCACUGUGUAGUUGCUCAAUGAAUGGAUGGAUUUGUCAUCCGAUCAAAAUUAACAAAAAAUCUUAAUUUACAAAUUUGGUAUAAGCGUGCGUAAGAUUCGUGCAAAUAAUUAGCCAAUUAAACAGCAUUAGUGUUGUGCAGACAGCCGGACAGUGGAAAAGUGCUUGUGCUUGGUGACAGUGUCGCUAAAAAACGCAUCAAAACUUGUAACGAAGAAAACAUCAUUUUAAAAUGAAUAGUUCAACAAGAAUUCCCAAAACUACGCCGAUUACAGAUGAUUACGACAUCUCCAACACAGUAUUGGGCCUCGGGAUCAACGGGAAGGUAGUAGAAUGCGUGUCGAAGAAGAACGGGCAUCGUCGUGCACUGAAGGUUCUACAUGACAGCGUGAAGGCGAGACGGGAGGUGGAACUGCAUUGGAGGGCGAGCGGGUGUCUGCAUAUUGUUGAGAUAAUAGACGUAUACGACAACACGUACGGAGGCAAGCGAUGCCUGCUCGUGGUGAUGGAGUGCAUGGACGGAGGGGAGCUGUUCCAGCGCAUCCAGGACAACGGGGAUCGAGCCUUCACCGAGCGGCAGGCGGCUGAGAUAAUGCACUCAAUAUGCGUGGCAGUGAAACACCUCCACGACACCAACAUCGCGCACCGAGACAUCAAACCUGAAAACCUUCUAUACAGCAGUUCAGAACCGAACGCCCUGUUGAAGUUGACUGACUUUGGGUUCGCUAAAGAGACCCUGAAUGCUGCAGAUACGCUGCAGACGCCGUGUUAUACGCCGUAUUAUGUGGCGCCUGAGGUGCUAGGCCCGGAGAAGUACGACAAGUCGUGCGACAUCUGGUCGCUCGGGGUCGUGAUGUACAUCCUGCUGUGCGGGUUCCCGCCGUUCUACUCCAACCACGGGCUGGCCAUCUCGCCGGGGAUGAAGAAGAGAAUAAGGCUCGGCCAGUACGACUUCCCAGAGCCGGAGUGGUCCAACGUGUCUGCUGAAGCGAAGAACCUCAUCAAAGGGAUGCUUUCUGUGGACCCGGAGAAGAGAUUGACUAUACAUCAGAUAAUGAGCAGCGGCUGGAUCCGGCAGUUCAAGGCCGUCCCACAGACGCCUCUCUACACCACCUCCUUACUCCGCGACACCAGCCAGGCGUGGGGCGACGUGCAGGACGAGAUGAGCCGGUCUUUGGCCACCAUGCGAGUUGAUUAUGACCAGGUGCAAAUCAAAUCAUUGGAACAGAGCAACAAUUCUCUACUCAACAAACGAAGAAACAAAGUAGGUGCCUAGUGACUUAUUAAUAUUAUUAUAUUAUGUAUACAUUAUAUACUGUACCGCUUACUGGAACACCAAUAGAUAUAAGGAGAGUAACAUAAUGAAGCAACAUAAUAUUUUAUUUUGUUGACCAUCAUCCCUGGAUUUUAUAAUU